AUGUAAAAAACAUUUGCUAUGGAUGUUAGAAAUAUAGGAGGACUAAGAGCAACAGCUGAUCAUCUCUAUAAACAUUAAAUUGCUGUACAAAACGCAAAGCCAUCUAUAAAUAUAAAACCCCCAAAACCUCCUGUAGAUCAAAAAUAGCGUCAAGAAUCUAAAAACAAUCCUGAUGAUGAUUUCAACAAUGUUUUAAAAACAUUUAAAGCAGUUGUUUAAACUAAAAAAAUAAUUGAUAACAAUCAACCUUUCAUGAAAAAAAGAACUCCUAAUAACAAGAAUAAAAAAGAAAAGUUUGAACAAUAUGAACAUGAAAUGAAUAUAAAGGCCUAAAAAAGGAGAAUAGGAAGUGCUGGAUCAAUGCAAGAAAGAAAGAAGAAUUAAUUUGAUCCUGUAGCUCAUCCUCCAGUGUUUUUCAGAAGAGAAGGCUAAAAUCUAUCAAAUUGUCGACUUGAUAAUUUAAUGCAAUAUAUUUCAAAAGAGCAACAAUAAUCAGGGGAGAAAAUUAAUUUAAGUUCCUCUAUAAAAAGAUGGUAGAGAUCAAAAUCCUCUAGCAAAAAACCAAAAAUCAAAAUUCAAUAAUUUGCUGAAGAACCAGACAAAACAGAUAGAGAAUUUGUGUAUGAUUUACCUAAAUUGAAAGGAUAAGAGAAGAAAGAUUAUUAUGAAUUGAAAAAAGAAUUAAUUAUGAUAAUAUUCAAGUAUAGAAUCUACAAAAGUGAAGAUUUAGAGGCUUUAUUUGGUAGACUGUUAAUACAUAACCCCUCUUUGCACAUGGUAUGGAUAGAAGAUAUUUUUAAUGAAAUUAGAGAAGAAUUUCUAGAUUUCGAGUGA